AUGAACCCAAUGAUGAUCGAACCUGCAAACAUUAGUUCUUCGUCAUCCUUCAAUAUCAACCCCAAAAUUGUUGAAGAAAGAAUGGGUCCCUACAACAUUCGUGUGAUAAAUGAACAAGUGGUGAAGCCCAAUCCCAGAGAUACAUUGAGAUUCAAUGUGACUGUUACCCUUCGACAAUUUUCAAUUUAUGACUGGCGUCUGCGUCUCAUAAGAACCUCAACCUUGUUGGAAACUUCAACAUCCAUAAGCUUCCAAAGCUUGUUUGAAGAUAAUCAAGAUUUUUUACGAUCAGUAUUAUCCAACCCAGAAUGUUUUCUCUACUUCAUCCCAAGAAGUUUUGAUCAAAUAUCACGGAAUAUUGUUUCCGUUGUUCAACGAGCCUUGGAGGUUCAGGGCUCCCCUUCUUCGGCUGAGUCUGCAGAUUUCGAAUGCGAAGUGUUCCCUUUGACUUUAGAUAUUUUCGUGGACAUGCUGGAAGAAGUAGAUGAAGAAACGCUUGCACUAAUAGAAGAGGAGUCCAUACAGCAAGAGGUCGCAAUGAUUCCAGCCUCCAAUGAAGCCAUACACUCCCUGCAAGCGUUCACAGAUCCACUCUUCCUCAAGACUGAAAAGUGUAAUAUUUGCAUGGAUGAGUUUUAUGCUGAAGAGGGUAAUGAAGAUGAUGUCAAGUUAUUGUCGUCUUCGUCAAUGCCAUGCGGUCAUGUGUUUCAUCAUCAAUGCAUCGUGAAGUGGCUGCAAACCAGUCACACGUGUCCCUUGUGUCGCUACCCUAUGCCCUCUGUCCACGACUAG